AUGUCGAAGAACUGCACCAUCAGUGGAAAGCGGGAGUCCGACCUUCCAUCAGUACCAUCAGGACAGGCAGAAUCAUCUGGCAUGGUGUGUACCCCCAGGAUCAUCUGGCAUGGUGUGUACCCCCAGGAUCAUCUGGCAUGGUGUGUACCCCCAGGAUCAUCUGGCAUGGUGUGUACCCCCAGGAUCAUCUGGCAUGGUGUGUACCCCCAGGAUCAUCUGGCAUGGUGUGUACCCCCAGGAUCAUCUGGCAUGGUGUGUACCCCCAGAAUCAUCUGGCAUGGUGUGUACCCCCAGGAUCAUCUGGCAUGGUGUGUACCCCCAGGAUCAUCUGGCAUGGUGUGUACCCCCAGGAUCAUCUGGCAUGGUGUGUACCCCCAGCUUACUGGCCCCUCAGGACAUGAGUCACAGGGGAUCAUAGACAUAUCUCUUGAACCUGAGGAUGACCUUGAUGGAUGCUGGAAUAUCCUCUACACUGCCCUCUGUGCACCUCUUCUUGGUGUGGGAGUACUUCUCAUAUACGUCUUCACUUAA